AUGUGGUGUGGGACGGUGAAACGAGGGGCUGGUGAUAAGAGAACAAGAGCCAACCUGAUUGAAUUGGCAGCCGAGAGCGAAGAGGAGAGCUACUGUAAGAAGAUGAUCAUGACAGGAGGAAGAUGUAUCAAGACGCCCAGGCCUCCUCCCCACCAACUGGGGCGCGCCGAUUUCCUGCAGAAAUGCAGGCCUCUGAAGUUUGUUGCAGGAAAGGGCCUUGUGAUUUACCCAGACAUUGGGGACAAGCUGGACAUCAUUUGCCCUAGAGCGGACGAGGGAAGAGAUUACGAAUUCUACAAGCUGUACCUGGUGAAGAGGGAGCAGGCUGAGAGCUGCAGCACCGUGCUGGACCCCAACGUCCUGGUCAACUGCAACAAGCCGGAGAAGGACAUCAAAUUCACCAUCAAAUUCCAGGAGUUCAGCCCCAACUACAUGGGCUUGGAGUUCAAGAGGAACGUCAACUACUACAUCACCUGUAAGCCGCUCACGCAAAAAAAAAAGAUGAUUUAUGGCGGAUGUUUAGCGUUUUCACCUUCAUUCAGCCGCAUAGGCCCGGCGGAACAAGCCGAGUAA